CCUCGGGAGGGUGGGGAGAGGGGGAAAGAAAACGCAAUCCUUUCUGGCUGGGACCGUGUCUGAGGGCGGAGGCCGGGAGACAGUCCGUGAUGCUUUCUCUUCCAGGCAGAAGCCGGAAGUCUGUAAAGAGAGAAAGAGUUCAGGAGCUCUUCCAACAGGGAGGGCGAGCAGUGUUGGUAGUAGGGCCAGAGGUGAGGCUUCAGGGUCGCGUCUCUCCCCGGUGGGAGGAGAGUCCGAAGAGCCCUGAAAGGCAUGGAGGACCUGAGGCCUGGUCCUUUCGCUGCCGGCAGGGGGAGUCCCGAGAUGAACAGUCUGGAACCCCUCUCCGAAAAGCGUUUCCUUGACCGCUCAACCACUUUUAUACAUCUCGAAGCCGAGUGAGAGCUGAGGUAAUUAGUUGAGAGCGACAGCUGUCUGGGCACCUUGGGCGCCAGGCGACGGGCUCGGAGCCCGACGGCCCGAAUUCUCGCGAGAGCGGCCGCCGCCAUUUUUCCAUUGAUUGCAGCGGGCGGGGGGAGGGGCCGAAGACGAAGGCGACGGCGGCGGAACCUUGGGUCGGUGUCUGCGCGUUGGUGUCUGAGGCCCAGGUUGAGGCCUCCGCGAUAGCCCGAGCGCCGGCGGUGGAGAGGAUGACUUCCGCUGCCGUUUUUCUCCUGAGCUAGAGCGGCGCCGCCACCCUCCCCCUCCUCCGGCAGGGCGGAGAGGAGCGGCCGGAGUCUGAGCGAUGGUGCCCGGCGAGGAGAACCAACUGGUCCCGAAGGAGGAUGUGUUUUGGAGAUGCAGACAAAAUAUCUUUGAUGAAAUGAAGAAGAAAUUUUUACAGAUAGAAAAUGCUGCUGAAGAACCAAGAGUCUUAUGUAUAAUACAAGAUACUACUAAUUCAAAGACGGUGAAUGAACGGAUCACUUUAAAUUUACCAGCUUCUACUCCACUCAGAAAGCUCUUUGAAGAUGUGGCCAACAAAGUAGGCUACAUAAAUGGAACCUUUGAUUUGGUGUGGGGAAAUGGAAUCAAUACUGCUGAUAUGGCUCCACUGGAUCAUACCAGUGAUAAGUCUCUUCUUGAUGCUAAUUUUGAGCCAGGAAAGAAGAACUUCCUGCAUUUGACAGAUAAAGAUGGUGAACAGCCUCAGAUACUGCUGGAGGAUUCCAGUGCUGGGGAUGACAGUGUUCAUGACAAAUUUAUUGGUCCACUUCCAAGAGAAGGUUCUGUGGGCUCUACCAGUGAUUAUGUCAGCCAAAGCUACUCCUAUUCAUCUAUUUUGAAUAAAUCAGAAACUGGGUAUGUCGGAUUAGUAAACCAAGCAAUGACUUGCUAUUUGAAUAGCCUUUUGCAAACACUUUUUAUGACUCCUGAAUUUAGGAAUGCAUUAUAUAAGUGGGAGUUUGAAGAAUCUGAAGAAGAUCCAGUGACAAGUAUCCCAUACCAACUUCAGAGGCUUUUUGUUUUGUUACAAACCAGCAAAAAGAGAGCAAUUGAAACUACAGAUGUUACAAGGAGCUUUGGAUGGGAUAGUAGUGAGGCCUGGCAGCAGCAUGAUGUACAAGAACUGUGCAGAGUCAUGUUUGAUGCUUUGGAACAGAAAUGGAAGCAAACAGAACAGGCUGAUCUUAUAAAUGAACUGUACCAAGGCAAGCUGAAGGACUACGUGAGGUGUCUGGAAUGUGGCUAUGAGGGCUGGAGAAUCGACACGUACCUUGAUAUCCCAUUGGUCAUCCGGCCUUACGGGUCCAGCCAAGCGUUUGCUAGUGUGGAAGAAGCAUUGCAUGCAUUUAUUCAGCCAGAGAUCCUGGAUGGCCCAAAUCAAUAUUUUUGUGAACGUUGUAAGAAGAAGUGUGAUGCACGAAAGGGUCUUCGGUUUUUGCAUUUCCCUUAUCUUCUGACCUUACAAUUGAAAAGGUUUGAUUUUGACUAUACAACCAUGCACAGGAUUAAACUGAAUGAUCGGAUGACAUUUCCUGAGGAACUAGAUAUGAGUACAUUUAUUGAUGUUGAGGAUGAGAAGUCUCCACAGACUGAGAGCUGCACAGACAGUGGAGCGGAAAAUGAAGGCAGUUGUCACAGUGAUCAGAUGAGCAACGAUUUCUCUAAUGACGACGGUGUUGAUGAAGGGAUCUGCCUUGAAAACAACAGCGGAGCUGAAAAGAUUCCAAAACCUGGACUUGAGAAGAAUUCCUUGAUCUAUGAGCUCUUCUCCGUUAUGGUUCAUUCAGGGAGCGCUGCUGGUGGCCAUUAUUACGCUUGCAUUAAGUCUUUCAGUGAUGACCAGUGGUACAGCUUCAAUGACCAACAUGUCAGCAGGAUAACACAAGAGGACAUUAAGAAAACACACGGUGGAUCUUCAGGAAGCAGAGGAUAUUACUCCAGUGCUUUUGCAAGCUCCACAAAUGCAUAUAUGCUGAUAUACAGACUGAAGGACCCAGCAAGAAAUGCAAAAUUUCUAGAAGUAGAUGAGUAUCCAGAACAUAUUAAAAACUUGGUGCAGAGAGAGAGAGAAUUGGAAGAACAAGAAAAGAGGCAACGAGAAAUUGAGCGCAAUACAUGCAAGAUAAAAUUAUUCUGCUUGCAUCCUGUGAAACAAGUGAUGAUGGAAAAUAAAUUGGAGGUUCAUAAGGAUAAGACACUAAAGGAAGCAGUAGAAAUGGCUUAUAAGAUGAUGGAUUUAGAAGAGGUAAUACCCAUGGAUUGCUGUCGUCUUGUUAAAUAUGAUGAGUUUCAUGAUUAUCUUGAACGAUCAUAUGAAGGAGAAGAAGAUACUCCAAUGGGUCUUUUACUAGGUGGAGUCAAGUCAACAUACAUGUUUGAUCUGCUGUUGGAAACAAGAAGACCUGAUCAAGUUUUCCAGUCUUAUAAACCUGGAGAAGUAAUGGUGAAAGUUCAUGUUGUUGAUCUAAAGGCAGAAUCUAUAGCUGCUCCCAUCACUGUCCGAGCUUACUUAAAUCAAACAGUUACAGAGUUCAAACAGCUUAUUUCAAAGGCCAUCCAUUUACCUGCUGAAACAAUGAGAAUAGUGCUGGAACGCUGCUACAAUGAUUUGCGCCUUCUCACUGUGCCCAGUAAAACCCUGAAACUUGAAGGGUUUUUUAGAAGUAACAAGGUGUUUGUUGAAAGUUCUGAGACUUUGGAUUACCAGAUGGCCUUUACAGACUCUCAUUUAUGGAAACUCCUGGAUCGGCAUGCAAAUACAAUCAGAUUAUUUGUUUUGCUACCUGAACAAUCUCCAGGAUCUUACUCCAAAAGGACAGCAUAUCAGAAAGCUGGGGGUGACUCUGGGAACGUGGAUGAUGACUGUGAAAGAGUCAAAGGACCUUCAGGGAGCCUAAAGUCUGUGGAAGCUAUUCUGGAAGAAAGCACUGAAAAACUCAAAAGCUUGUCACUGCAACAGCAGCAGGAGGGAGAUAAUGGGGACAGCAGCAAGAGUACUGAGACAAGUGACUUUGAAAACAUUGAAUCACCUCUCAAUGAGAGGGACUCCUCAGCCUCAGUGGAUAAUAGAGAACUUGAACAGCAUAUGCAGACUUCUGAUCCUGAACAUUUUCAAUCUGAAGAGCGAUCAGAUUCAGAUGUGAAUAAUGACAGGAGUACAAGUUCGGUGGACAGUGAUAUUCUUAGCUCGAGUCAUAGCAGUGACACUUUGUGCAAUGCAGAUAAUGCUCAGAUCCCUUUGGCUAAUGGACUUGACUCUCACAGCAUCACGAGUAGUAGAAGAACUAAAGCGAAUGAAGGGAAAAAGGAGACAUGGGAUACAGCAGAAGAAGACUCUGGAACGGACAGUGAAUAUGAUGAGAGUGGCAAGAGUAGGGGAGAAAUACAGUACAUGUAUUUCAAAGCAGAGCCCUAUGCUGCAGAUGAAGGUUCUGGGGAAGGACAUAAAUGGUUGAUGGUGCAUGUUGACAAAAGAAUUACUCUGGCCACUUUCAAACAACAUUUAGAGCCCUUUGUUGGAGUUUUGUCCUCUCACUUCAAGGUCUUUCGCGUGUACGCCAGCAAUCAAGAGUUUGAGAGCGUCCGGCUGAAUGAGACACUUUCAUCAUUUUCAGAUGACAAUAAGAUUACAAUUAGACUGGGAAGAGCACUUAAAAAAGGAGAAUACAGAGUUAAAGUGUACCAGCUUCUAGUCAAUGAACAAGAGCCAUGCAAGUUUCUGCUAGAUGCUGUUUUUGCUAAAGGAAUGACUGUACGGCAAUCAAAAGAGGAGUUAAUUCCUCAACUCAGGGAGCAGUGUGGUUUAGAGCUCAGUAUUGACAGGUUUCGUCUAAGGAAAAAAACAUGGAAGAAUCCUGGCACUGUCUUUUUGGAUUAUCAUAUUUAUGAAGAAGAUAUUAAUAUUUCCAGCAACUGGGAGGUUUUCCUUGAAGUUCUUGAUGGGGUGGAGAAGAUGAAAUCCAUGUCACAACUUGCAGUUUUGUCAAGACGGUGGAGGCCUUCAGAGAUGAAGUUGGACCCCUUCCAGGAGGUUGUGUUGGAAAGCAGUAGUGUUGAUGAGUUGCGAGAGAAGCUUUGUGAAAUCAGUGGAAUUCCUUUAGAAGAUAUUGAGUUUGCCAAGGGUAGAGGAACUUUUCCCUGUGAUAUUUCUGUCCUUGAUAUUCAUCAGGAUUUGGACUGGAAUCCCAAAGUUUCUACCCUGAAUGUCUGGCCUCUUUAUAUCUGUGAUGAUGGUGCAGUCAUAUUUUAUAGGGAUAGAACAGAAGAAUUAAUGGAGUUGACAGAUGAGCAAAGAAAUGAACUGAUGAAAAAAGAAAGCAGUCGACUCCAGAAAACAGGACAUCGUGUAACAUACUCACCUCGGAAAGAGAAAGCACUAAAAAUUUAUCUGGAUGGAGCACCAAAUAAAGAUCUAACUCAAGACUGACUCUGCUAGUGUAGCAUUUUCCCUGGGGGAUUUUGGUUUUAAUUAGACGGUUCACUGCUACUGUGUAGUGCCAUGAUGGCCGGACAUGGUUGGGGGUAACCCAGUGACACCAGCACUGAUUGGAUGGCCCUUCACCAAUCAGAAGCUCAGUGCCCAGUGGGCCACUGUUUUGACUUGGAAUCAUGUUGUGCACUAUAGUCAAAUGUACUGUAAAGUGAAAAGGGAUGUGCAAAAAAAACAGAAAGUGAAACCUGCUACUAGAAAAGUGGGAAGGGGAAUGAGUAAACUUCUUUUCUUGCGGACAGAUGUGCACAUAGCCGCUAGUAAAACCAGCCUCAAACAGGAUGCUCAUAGCUUAAUAAUAAAAGCUGUGCAAAGGCCAUGAAUGAAUGAAUUUUCUGUUUAUUUCACUGAUACACACAUUACCUCAUUGACAAUUCAGAAGUAAAUGCAACGUGUGUUGACUCUUGGAACGCAGCAAAAACAGGAGCUGAAGAAAGAAAAUCUUAGAACCAGCCAUAACCCAGUAAAGAAUCGUGAAGUUGUGUUUUUAUUUUUUUCAUUUUUGGCAAAGUAUUAAGAACAUUAUUCUGGAACAUCAAAACAUUUCCCUAGACCGCUCCCAGCAGGUGGCAGCUCAGAUUGCUGCAGUGUUGUAAUUAUAACUGAUUGUACGUAAGUUAUGGAUGUAGAGAAUUUGUUUCACUCAUUCAUUCAGCAUGUAAAUAAAAUUGAUCCUAUUGAGUUAUCAUAAUUGCAGUUCAACUAUUUCCCAUGGCUAUUCCUUUUACGUAUCAUUCAUGAUGUACAUUUGUGUACAUUGAGAGGUAUAGCAGUCUAUGUAAAUGUAACCCUCAGUGAGGUUCCUCAGCACUGGGUCCCAUACGAUUGUAUUUGCCCUUGUUAAUGAGGUUUUUCUGUUCAGUGGCUUCAGUUUUUUUCCUUUUGUACAUCUAUUUUUGAAGUUUUACUUCAAGUUUGAAUCUUCUAAAACCUUGUAAGUCCCAGUUUAGUUUUUGGAGUUGACACGUAGUUACAUGUAGCUUAACUUUGGGGAAACGUCUUAACAUCGUGUUGAAUAAACUUGCUAGGAAGUCAGGUCAUGGCACAGGCUAAUACAGUCACCAAGAUUUCAUUGCAGAGUCUGUUAGAAUCAGCAAGUUUGCUAAAUACAGCUAUUCAGUGAACACAAUUCUCCGUCAGUUUUGAAAAUGCCAUCUAAUUUAUAAAAAUCAAUAAAAAGGUUUUGGUAAAACUUUUUCAUGCCAGAUGCUGUUUACAACAAUGAACAUGCCAAUAAAACAUUUGUUCAUUCUGUGGUGUUAUUUUAGUCAUUAAACUUUUGUGGAUGAAGAAUCUGGGUUCAGAAGAGAUUUGUUUUCUUUCAGGAUAACAUUUUGUAACAUAUUGAAUAGUUCAUUCUGUGAUAAUGUAUGUUUACAGUAAAGUUCUCGUAAGAGAGAUGAAAAGAUGUUAAUAUUUAACUUUGGAGGAUCCUGUCAAUAUUUCAAAAAAAUUUACCCUUUUUUCCCUUUUAAGAAAGAAUUAAAAAAUAGUAUUAACAAAUGUUGGUUGCAGUUUGAAUAUAAUGAUUGAGAAUUCCAUAAUAUAUUAAAAGUGUCCACAAGGGGGAGAAAAAAUCUUUUCUAAGGUAUUUUUGUGGCUAAUUUUUAUUUCAUAUAGACUGUGUAGCAUUCUGCUAAAUUGAAUGGCAGUACUAUUCUGGGUUUGCAUUAGUAGACUUGAUGGUAUUCUCAGAGGAAAACAUUAAGCAUUUGUAACAAGUUGUCUUUCGGAUCACUUAGAUUUUCUGGUGUAACAUGUGAUGGCUACUUGGUUCUGGUACAGGCCUGCUCACCUGGGAUACAGGGUUUAGUAAAUGUGGUUUCAGCUUUCAAGGACUGACUGGAACAGAGGAGACUGUUAACAAAAUGGGCUUGGGGCCUGGUUUGGUUUGGUGUCCCUGUAAGAGUAAUAGUAAACUUUGCAUACUGCUCCUCA